UGAACGAUUGUUCAAUAUAAUCACAUUAAACUGUAGCUUUGAUACAGUUAUGGCCAUACACAAUACUAAAUGUUCAAUUGCAAGCUACAAUCAUUUCUUAUUUGAUGCUGUAAUACUUAAAAUGCUAUAAGUAUUAAGCUAAGCAGAUGCAAUAAAUUCUUGAAUGCAAACAACAUACAGUAUUCUACAAGUAAUGUAUUUUACAUUUUAAGGCUUCAUUUCAUGAAGCGAGUGUUCAUUAUAGUUUGAUAUUGUUAAAAAUAUUGAUGUUAUGGAAAUGAAGUAACUGGAAAUAGACACACUUAGCUCACAAACACCUCAGAGUUUGGCUCUCUGAAUAAUGGAUGUAAAAUAAGAAGCCCUGAUGAGAAGUGAUCAGUGUAUGUACAGUAGUGUCAGUGGAGGAACAAGAAGAACGGAAAGAGCCAGAAACUGACCUGCGGUUUCCAUCAGCAUUGACGUCCACUUGUGAAAGUGGCUUGCUGUGGUUAUAAAACCUACAAGGAGGACAGCAAAGAUCACAUGCAAAAUAAAUACAUAUGUACAUUUUACUUACAGCCUGUCACUAUUUCUGUCACUUUGUCACCAUUUAAAACCACCAUUCAGUGAAUGUUUGAUGGACUGUGACCAGAACUCCUCUGGCCCCUCUACAACAGCAACAGCUAAUGUAUUUAAUGCUUUUCCCAAAUCAGCAACUCUAGAGCAACCAGUUUCCUAAACACAUGAAAAAUCAUUAUAAAGCACAAAAGAAAGCUUCACAUUUUACAGUCAUCAACUAGAAAUGUUGAGCAAAAGAAUGCAAAGAAAGCAAAAGAAAGUAGGGGCCACAUCCAAACACACAUGCUGACAUACAACCUAAACUACUGAAGUUGCUAAACAUAAUGCAUUGAUGACAGGAAGCUGUUAGCAUUCACCCCUAUUUUACAUAAAAGCUGAAAUAGUCUGCUUUCAUGAAAAAGAGGAAACUGGUAAGUGAUAAGCAGUGUAACCUAAAUACUUAAAUGACAUCUGCUUUUCACCAACCACCCAUUUCCUGUUAAAACAUGUGUGAAUGUUCUGACUCUUUACUAAUAAAAAGGUAUUUUCACAGAAGGUUAUGAGCAAGCUGAGCUGACAGCAACACUGACCACAAUGGAUGAACAGGAUAUCUAUGCCAAUGUCGAGGGACCAUCAGGACUUCAUGUCAAGUGGAGGAGAGUGAAGAGUUCAGACAAUAUUUAUCAAAAUGAAGACGCAUGUUGCUCUGUGGAGACCGACAGAACUGGGCCUGCGCUGUCAGACAAUGAGAGAAGCUCAAAGUGUUAAAUGAAAAGGAUCCAGUUACAGACCAAUUACAACAACCUGACUAAAGAACAAGACCAGUUUCAUAAACAAAUAGAAGAAAUUACCACAGAACUUCAAAGGAUGCUUGAGGCUCUACAUUCUCAAGAAUGGAAGUAUUUUAGUCAUAGUUUAUAUUACUUUUCAUCAACGAUGAAAUCCUGUCAAAGUAGAAACGACUGCCUGCAGAAAGAGUCGGACCUGGUGAUUAUCAACAGUCCUGAGGAGCAGGUAUUGGGUAAAAUCUGAACCAAACAAUGAAGGAAAUGAAGACUGUGGAGAAAUAAGAAAAUUUGAUUCACAAAACAGCUGGAAUGAUGUAAUGUGUAACCUUAAAAACCACUGGAUCUGUGAAACAAAACUCAGCAGCCAUUUAAAACUCACCGGACAAAAAUAAAGGAUGUUUUGUGUUUUGUGCAUAAAAAAAAUAAAUUACAUCAAACUACUGAUUUUGAACAAAUUGGCUCAUGACCAGCUUUAUAUUUACUUAUACCUUAGGCAAGCUAACAAACGCCACAGCUAAGUGGUUAGCUACAAACUGCAGGCCAAUUAAAGUUAGAAGAUGUCGGUCUGAGGAACGUUAAUAGAAUCAAAACGAAUGACGGCACUUGUGAGCCUCCACCAUGACGCACCAUCACAGGAAGAAUGCACGAGUUGUAUGAAAAGGAGAGGACUAUAAAAUCAGCCUUCAAAAAUGAGGAAAUGAAACAUAAUGAUGUCAUGUGAACAUUUGGCUUAAUAAUAACACUUUCUGUUCAGAGAGGGCUCAAACUGAGCUGACAGUAUCGCUGAUCAAUAUGGAUGAGGAGGAAAUCCAUGCUAAUGUGGAGAAACCAUUAGGUGCUCAGCUAUAUUGGAAGAGAGGACAAAGUGGUUCAGGAAAUAUUUAUUUAAAUGAAGAUACUGGUCAUGUGGAGCCCUACAAUACGCUCUCAGACCUUGAGGAAAGUAAUACAGUUAAGAAGCGUCCUUGCAUCGCUACAGCACUGAUCCUGAGUCUGCUGUGUGUUAUCCUUCUUACUGGAGUCGUGAUUCUGGUUUUCGUUUACACCAAAGACAACUCAAACUGGGAACUUAAGAUGUUGCGGUUACAGACCAGUUACAACAACCUGACUGAAAAACAACAUCAGUUACAGAUCAGUUACAACAACCUGGCUGAAGAAAAACAUUACUUACAGACCAGUUACAACAACCUGGCUGAAGAAAACCAUCAGUUAAAGACCAGUUAUGUUAACUUGACCGAAGAAAAAGCCCAACUAAAAAAAAAACUUGAAGAUGCCACUCCAGACCUUCGAAGAAAGCUUCAAGCUCUACGUUGGACGUAUUUUGCGGGUAAAUACUAUUAUAUUUCAUCAAUGAAGCAAACAUGGCAGGACAGCAGAAAUGACUGCUUACAGAGAGGUGCAGACCUGGUGAUUAUCAACAGCCCUGAAGAGCAGGAAUUCAUAAGAAGUAGGAAGAGUCCAACCUGGAUUGGACUGACAGAUGCAGAGAAAGAGAGGACAUGGAAGUGGGUGGAUGGGACUCUGCUGGGGAACCUAAGGUACUGGGCAAAAUCUGAACCCAAUAAUGCAAAUGGAUUUGAGAACUGUGCAGAAAUCAGUGAUUCCAAUUUGGAAAAAAGCUGGAAUGACGUGCCAUGUGACUAUAAAAUCUACUGGAUCUGUGAAGUACAACUCAUCUGAAUAAAAUCAUUUCAUAGUUUAACUUCAGUUAGAAAAAAAUAUAUCUUUAAUGCUUGUGGUAAACUUACAAAUGAUUGUUUUUAAGCAAAGGUUUCUGAACUAUUUCUACUGAGAAAAUAUUUUAAAAGUUAUUAAAGAAUAUGUAUUGUAAUGAAAUGAUUUAAAUAUGUGUUACAGAGAUUUUGAAUUCCUUUUUACUUCUUAAAAAAUAAAGUGACACAAUCAGUUUACUUGCAACAAGUGAGUAGUUUACAGCAAAGGCUACUUAAAGGCAACAAAGGCAAAGUACAGUUCAUUUUAUAGUUAGCUUCCACCCGACAGUUGUGGUGGAAAUUUCCCAUAAAGAGGCAGAUGAGAGAGUUGUAUUUGUGUGAUUUAUUAUAAAAAUUAAGGAAAAUAAAAAUAAUGGGAAUGCAAAUCAAAAACAUGGAUGUUGAUCGUGCACAUCAACAAACCAAAAACCAGCUGGGGAGAUCAGUGCACACACCACGAAGGUGUGAUGCAAAGAGCCCACAAUCCUCAAGUUGCUUCUGCCUUUUAACCCCUUUCUCUGGCUCUGGUGGAAUGUCUCUCUGCAGCAAUGGAAUUGUUUGCGCCACCUUAUCUCGCUGUGAGUGAGAAUGUCUGCUUUCUCACUUCUGCAUCAUCGUGUCUUGUUAUCCAAAGGAAGGAACAUCGAGCUUCCAAAACAAGAUGCAUUCGCUUUAACAGCCUUGGGUCUGGUGGGGAGUCAGAUAGGAAGGAGCCAGAGUCCGGGUGUAAAAGACAAACAUAUAUCAUAAAUUAUUAGUCAGUGAAAUAGAACAUCAGAUGUUUAGACUUGAUGUACGACAGGGCACAAGAGAUUAAUUGUUUGUGUAAGAAUGUUCAGUUCAGUAUUGCACCUAACCAGCACAUGACGACUGUGUUGGAUGAGAAAUAGCACAAAGGCACAAUUUUUCCAUUACAACAGUACAUGAGAAAAUACCUUCUGCACAUAUCACAUGCCAUCACAGAUGAAAAUGCUACAUACAGGUGCGCCAUGUUCUCCCUAAACAGCAGGGAGGAGGCCUUAAACGCGAAACAAAGAGCUCCUGGCUGGUCAGUAUGUAUAUAUUGUUGGUCCCUUCAGCUGCCUUUUGCUGUCCAUUCAGUUUUUGCCCUCUCUGUUAUUACUGGUUGAUGUGUUAUUGUCAUUAGUUUUAUCUUUGCCUUGAUUUGUAUUUAGUCCUGGUUUGGGUUCCGUCCUUUGUCAAGUUGUUAUGGUUGUUACUCACGUAACACUGUCUGUCAAGGUCCUGUCUGUCAUAGUUGUGUUUUCACGUUUUAUGCUUGUGUUGGUUGUAUUUUGUAUGUCUUGUCAUGUGCUAACUGGGUAUUUUGUAGACUUCUUCCUGCUUAGAAGUCAUUUUUAGCAGCAGCAGUUAUGUUCUUAGUAUUAUCCUGUCCUGUGAUUUUCAUACCACUAACUUUCUGUUUCCAAUUAAGUAAGGAAAGGAUUCAGUGACUGUGUUUUUCCCUCAGAUUGGCUCUACAACAUGGUUCCACUUCCCUGUUAUUGUUACUGGAUGUUAAUAUUCAAAAAAUUCCCAGGACAGACUGAACAAAAUCUCUCACUGAAGAAACCUCAACUAACUGGACUCAGGGCCCUGCUCAACUUGGAGCCAGUAGCCUACUGUAACUACACUGAACCCAUCACUGGGGACGACUGAACACAGUAGACCCAGGUUACUUGGCCACUCAAGUG